AUGUCGUAUUAUUUCGCAAUAGUCGGGACGCAAGAUAAUCCUCUCUUCGAAUAUGAGUUUGGUACUGCGAAACAAGGUGGUGAUGGGAUUGCGAGAUUUCCAGAACAGGCAAGGCAUAUGAAUCAGUUCAUUGUUCACAGUAGUUUGGACAUUGUGGAAGAGGUGCAAUGGGGUGGUGGACAGAUGUACUUGAGAUGCAUUGAUCGUUUUUAUAACAACUAUGUAUCAUGCUUCAUGACGGGUGGCAAUGUCAAGUUUAUGCUUCUGCAUUCUCCUUCGCAACCUGCUAAUCCAACGACUUCGCGAACGAGUACAUCGAUCGGCGCAAAUCCUACCUCACCUCAAACAGAAGAGGCGAUUAAACAAUUCUUCACGGAAGUUUAUGAGAAUUGGGUAAAGACGAUCAUGAGCCCCUUCUAUCAAGUCAACCAACCUGUUACGAGUCCGGUGUUUAAAGGACGAGUCGCGGCUGCCGGGAAGAAAUAUUUUGUAUAUCAAGCAGGAAGAAUCGGUUAUGGAUUAUUGGUACAAACCGAGACUGAAGUCUCGAAGACUUUCUUCCAUCGUUUGGAAGAUGACAUUGUGGCCAAUGGUUGGUGGCAUAUCAUGGAAGCUAUCGACACUGCCACAGUCAUCUCUCCAAGUCCAUACAUGAAGUCAUAA